AAUGACAAAAUUAUGAAGGUCAGCUGCGAAAUGUUUAGGUUCUAUUCAACCAAAAAAUAAAAAAAGAAACUUAUGUUUCUACAAAUCUUACUGAAUCACACACCUAAAAGAAAAAGAAAUAAAGAUAAAUAUAUAUUGAAUUGCUUGGUGUAGUUCCAAUUCGGGGGUAGUUUGCAACCUGGCAAUAAUGUAAUCCAUCACAUUUACUUCUCCACAGCUACACAGUCCUCCUUUUUGCUCUUCAUAAAUCUUCUUCAUGUCUCAUUUUUCUUUUAAAAUCCUUUCUUUCUGGGUAUUUUCUGAUCUUUCACCCUUUCUCCUACAAAUCCAACAUGUUCUUCCUCAGCAGAAUCUAAAAGUGCAUGCAGAAGAAAACUAAUUUUAGCUUUCUUGAACGGAAUGACAGACUCCAACAAAGUUUCACAGAUGGUUUGGGAUCAGGUUCAGUCGAGAAGUUCUUCAGGCAACCACCCACUUGUUUCUGGACACCCGAACCGACCUAUUCCUAAGCUCAUGGUCUGCUCCAUCCUCUUCGUCUCGCUUACUUACCUUCUCUACACUCUCAAGCUCUUAACAACCUCUGCUCAACAAACCUUCCACCAUACCCCAUUUACUUCCUAUCUUCGUCGCUCUACAAGCUUCACAUCUGCACCCUUGGUUCUCAAUCAGACGGCUGUGACAGCUCCACCCCAUCACGGAGGUCGUGAUGUCCGAGAAAAACAAAAGGUAGUAAUGCAAAUGGAACAAGCUCCACCGAAGCCAAAGCCGACGGAAAUUCACGACGUGGUCUUUGGAAUCGCGGCUUCUUCCAAGCUAUGGCAGCAGAGAAAAGAGUACAUCAAGAUUUGGUACAAGCCAAACCAAAUGCGUGGUGUGGUUUGGCUGGACGAUCGCGUCAAAUACUCUGCCCAAGACAACCGAACCCUUCCACCGUUUCGAGUCUCCAGCGACACUUCCAAGUUCCCUUACACCAAUCGGAAGGGUCACCGUUCCGCGAUUCGGAUCUCGAGGAUCGUGACGGAGACUUUGAGGAUGAAGAUGGAUAACGUCCGGUGGUUCGUGAUGGGCGACGAUGACACCGUUUUCAUCACCGCUAAUCUGGUCAGGAUUUUGAGGAAAUAUGAUCAUACUCAGUAUUAUUACAUCGGAAGCUUGUCGGAAUCUCAUAUUCAGAACAUUUUUUUCUCCUACGGCAUGGCUUACGGCGGCGGAGGCUUUGCCAUUAGCUACCCAUUGGCCAAAGCCUUGGCAAAGAUGCAAGACCGGUGUAUCCAGAGGUACCCCGGCUUGUACGGCUCGGAUGAUCGAAUGCAGGCUUGUAUGGCUGAACUCGGUGUCCCACUCACCAAGGAACUCGGUUUCCACCAGUAUGAUGUGUAUGGGAACUUGCUCGGACUCCUCGCCGCGCAUCCAGUCACUCCAUUGGUAUCACUACAUCACCUUGAUGUUGUUGAGCCAAUUUUCCCCAAUGUGAGCAGGGUUCAAGCCCUUCAGCGCCUUAUGUUGCCUACAAAAUUGGAUUCCGCAGGGAUCAUGCAGCAGUCCAUCUGCUAUGACAAAACCAAGAGUUGGACAAUUUCGGUUUCAUGGGGUUUUGCAGUUCAAGUUUUUAGAGGGAUCUUUUCACCACGGGAGAUAGAAAUGCCUUCGAGAACAUUCUUGAAUUGGUACAAAAGAGCAGAUUACACAGCAUAUGCAUUCAACACUCGCCCUGUUAGCCGAAAUCCAUGCCAAAAACCUUUCGUGUUCUACAUGUCAAGUGUGAGAAUGGAUUCUGAACUGAACAAAACUGUGAGUGAAUACGAGCGACACCAUGUUCCUCAUCCUCUUUGCAGAUGGAAGAUGGCUAAUCCUAAUGAUCUUGAAACAGUGAUCGUACAUAAGAAACCGGACCCUCAUUUGUGGGACAGAUCGCCUAGGAAAAACUGUUGCAGGGCUAUGGAAUCAAAGGAGCGAAGAAGGAUGGUGAUAGAUGUGGGUGUAUGUAAGGAUGGUGAGGUGAGUGAAAUAUAGUUAUUAAAAGUUGAUUGAUUGUUUUUAUACAGUUUCUUUUAUUUAUGUUUACUAAUUUUAUGUCCCCCAAAUCAUCAUCUGUAUGCAAGAGUAGAGACAAUGUAAAUGGGGAAAACCAAGGUACUUACAUAGAUUGUGUAAGAAAGUGCAGCUGCAUACAAUUUUAGACCUUCAUUUAGUGUAGGAGCAAUGCUUUUGAUAGUAGUGGUUAUUUACAUCCUAAAUAAA